AUGGAAGAUAAGGAUCAGCAAAGUUUUCCGCUUAUGCCACUAGCUGCCCAGAAAAUACGCAGAAAAGAAGUGCCCGGAAGGUCAUUAAAAGCAGGGGAGGAGGGCUUUAGCCACAGAUUUCAGAGUACUACUAGUAGCUUUAGUCGGAGACCCUCGAAAUAUGAAUACAAUUCUCUGCAGAGCCAGGAGCCUCUAGAAGACGACCCUGAGCAACGACCCACCCAUUCACAGUCUAAGUUUGAAAGAACCCGCUUCCACCGACUAUUGGUUGAUCGCCUUGGUUUGUUCUCUGGAGGAUGGCGAACCGGUUGUACCUGGUGCGCGAUUUCCUCAACAGUGGUGUUUCUUGCGAACUCCAUCCUCACAAUUUGGGCGUCCAAAAAACCUACUGCGGAGCCUGGGAUCGGAAUUUUGUACGAAGGAAGCUGCGAUACGACAAAGAACCUGAGCUUAUUAGCUCAUUUAAUAAUCAAUGUUCUGUCAACACUUAUGCUCAGCGCAAGCAAUUAUACCAUGCAAUGCUUAAGUGCUCCGACUCGGGCGGAGGUUGAUAGAGCCCAUGCAAAAAAGAAAUGGCUGGAUAUAGGUGUCCCGAGUGUGAGAAACUUGGGAAAAAUCAGCUUUACCAGGAUUUGUUUGUGGUCGCUUCUGGCAAUGAGUUCUGUACCGUUGCAUUUCAUGUAUAAUUCGGCUAUAUUUUCCACAACUUCGACCUACAAAUACAAUCAGAGGGUAAUGUCAGAAGGGAGGCUGACUCCCGAUUAUACUUCCUUUCCGUACGAAAGACUUAGUAAUAGGGGCUGCAUCCGAGAAUACGGGAGGCAGUUUACAGAUAAUCGACGAGAUCUUAUACUUGUAGUCCCCGGGGAUGGAGAGGAGCCUCUAUAUAAUAGUCGUGGCAUAAAUUAUGGUGUCAGGGAGCCAUUCGCUUGGGUUUGCAAUUCCUUCUACCAUGACCCCUAUGAUUACCAUCCAUAUGAGGACAUUGAUCCUCCUCCCUGCGAUGUUAAUAACUACAUCAAUCAAGCCGAUUCAUGGAAAAUGAACGGUUCCACAGUUCAGUAUUGUCUCAGCGAGCGGAUGGAUGAGAGAUGCAGUCUACAGUUUAGCAUGCACAUCAUGGUUGCGGUAAUAAUAUGCAACGCUGUCAAAUCGAUCUGCAUGUUUUAUACGGUUUGUAAAAGCAAAGAAGACCCUCUUGUCACUGUCGGUGAUGCAGUCUCAUCAUUUCUUAAGUCUCCAGACAAGACGACUGCAGGGAUGUGCAUUGUUUCCAAGAAGGAUAUCAAGAAAGGAAUUUGGAAAUAUACCAGCGAUGGAACCACUCACGGAAAGUGGAAUAUACAAUUAUGGAAGCCAUGUAAACACUUCUGGCUUAGAGCAGCUAGUAUUGGUCGAUGGGCUAUUUGCAAUGCUCUUGCCUUAACGGCUAUCAGUGUUUCUGCUUGGCUCCUUUCGGUCGGUCUCCAGGCCCUUGGUGGUAAUGGCACCCCGCGAGAUCUUUCUUCGUUAUGGAGCAUGGGUCUCGGUGCUGUCGAUGUUCAAACCUUGAUGGGUCCAAUCUUUGGGGGGGGGACGAAGAGAACAACUCACUUCCUCCAGUUACCAUACAAAUACAGUUUACCGCUCAUGAUAGCAUCUGGUUCGAUGCAUUGGUUGAUCUCGCAGGCCUUAUUUCUUGCACGAAUCAAUAACCUUGAUGCUGCGAACGGCCCCGGUCCUGGCUUCACAUCGCAAGUUGGAUGGUCCCCCAUUGCCGUUGUGUUCGUUUUGAUAUUGGGGUCCCUUAUGCUUCUCGUGGCUCUAGGAAUUGGGUUCCGGAGGUAUAACGGUCAAAUCCCAUUAGUGGGAAGCUGCAGUGCUGCCAUCAGUGCUGCCUGUCAUCCAAACCCAGACGAGACCUCAAUAUCGACCGAACCGUUACUCUGGGGGGUUGUGGGGAGGGAUGGGGUAGUCGGGCAUUGCUCGUUCAGCGGUCGGGAUGUUUUAACGCCAGUUCCGUACCAGCAUUAUGCUGGUAAUGCGUCGGCUAGAGAUACGAUACUGUAA